AUGUUAUUUCCCCUGGCUUACCCUGGCCUACCCGAACCAGGCACAAAGAUACUCAAGUGCGCUGAAGGCCUUCAUAAUAAAGCCUUCCUCUUAACUCUUGAUACCGGGGACGAAGUAUUUGCCAAGCUGCCAAAUCCCAAUGCUGGGCCCUCGCGAUAUCUCACGGCCUCAGAAGUGGCCACGAGGGAGUUUCUGCGUGAUAUAGCCAACUUUCCUGUUCCACGGGUUCUUGCAUGGUCAGCGGAUCCAGCCAACCCCGUUGGGGCGGAAUAUAUCAUUGAGCAAAAGGCCAGUGGGAUCAGGUUAGGUAGAGUAUGGCAUGAGUGGCUGCGGAAGUCGAAGUUACAUAUAAUAGAACAGAUUGUCAAGUUGGAAAAUACCCUGACUUCUUUCAAGUUCUCGAAGCAUGGCUGUCUAUAUUUCAGGGCUGACCUGCCGGAUCCAUUCCGUGGAGAGGAUGGAGGCUUGCUGCUUGGCUCCGACUCUACUGUGGGCCCGGGGGUUCUAGAUCGAUAUGUUAUCGGCCCACUUACGGGGGCGGAGCUUUGGCGUGCUGAGCGUGAGAAGAUGGAGCUGAAUAGAGGUCCUUGGCAACGGGCAGAAGACUAUGCAAGAGCUAUGGGGGAGAAUGAAAUUGCUUGGAUAAACCGGCAUGCUUCUCCACGAAUAAACGCGUAUAUAUCUCUAAAAGACCCAGAGUUACCUGAUCAUGCUCUUAACCUUCUGACUAAAUACUUGGAUGCCAUACUUUACCUUAUACCUCACGACCCGGCCCCAUGUGCAAACAUCCUCUGGCAUCCAGACCUGCAUCUGGAUAACGUCUUCGUUGAUCCAACGACUUGUGAAAUCACAGGCAUAGUCGACUGGCAGGGCGCGAGAAUAGCACCUCUCUUCUACCAAUCCUGCAUACCUCGCAUGUUCAGGCAUAACGGCCCCGUCCGUGAGGGAUGGAUCGUCCCAUCACGUCCAGAAAACUUUGACACUUUAACGCCGGAGGAACAAAGUCAGCUUGACCGAAACCUUGAAAAGGAAACUGUCCACAAAUACUACGAGGCAAUGGUAUGCAAGCAUUCCCCCCGCCACUGGGAGGUUUUGAAAGACAUGAGAUAUAUACAGCGCAAACGGAGCCCUACCAGUCUCGUCACCGGGGUCUGGGAGAAUCGUGACCUAUUCUUCCUGCGUCAAAGCUUGAUUGCCAUCGAAGCUCUAUGGGAUAAGCUACGACCAGACGAGACAGUUGAGGCUCCAAUCUCUUUCACAAGAGGGGAGUUAGACCUUCAUAUGAAGGAAGAUGAAAAUAUCUCUGGUGUUGGGAGUAUGCUAAAACUCUUUCGUGACCAAGGGGUUCUUCCUGACGAUGGGAUGGUAGACCCAGAGGACUAUGACACUGCAAAAACCAAUUGUCAGAAAUUCAAAGAUAUAUUCAUCGGACUUGCGAAGGAUGAACAGGAAAGGGAGCUCUUCUCUAAGUUAUGGCCAUAUCAGGACAAGGAAUAG